AUGAAGGGGUAUUAUUCAAAUGGUAAAAAAGUGUGGAGCAUGGAAUUUCAUAUAUAGAAGGGGAAAGGAAAUCAUGAAAUUCACAAAGAUAGGAGGAAGGAAUAAUUCAAAGAGAGUUUAGAAGGAUGGCGAUUGGUAUAGAAUUAAGGUGAUUACUUUAGCAAGUUCUUAUUUUAUUUAUAAAUUAUUAGUCUGAGUCAAGUCAUUUAUGAAGGUAAAUAUAAAUUUGGAAAAAAAUAUGGAAGAUGGAAUACUUAGUAACGGUUCUCAGAGGAGUCAAAGUUUUAAUAACUGUAUGUUAUAUAUAAACCAAUAAAGUGGCGGGGGAAAAAAAAUUUUAACGAUAAUGGAAUGAAAUAAGGCAACCGGGUUGAGCUAUGCAGUUACUUUUAGAGCUACAUUUAAAUUACCUACAGUGGAGAUUAUCAAGAUGGUUUGAAAAUUGGUAAGUGGACUACUAUGUUUAGAGAAUAUAGUGGGGACAAAUUUAGAGAAAUUGGCGGUGGGUCUUAUGAUCUUAAAGGUGUGUAAAAUGGUGGUUUGGAUAGAAUUAUGUGA